GGCCGGAAGCCGGAAGGCAGCCGGGAGGGUGUUCCGCGUUCGCGGGAGCGGCGGGCGGGGGCUGGGGCGGCGGCGGGGGCUGCGCCGCGCUCCGCCCGCGGCCGCUGGGGCGGCGAUGACCGAGUACAAGCUGGUGGUGGUGGGGGCCGGCGGUGUCGGCAAGAGCGCGCUGACCAUCCAGCUCAUCCAGAACCACUUCGUGGAUGAGUACGACCCCACCAUCGAGGAUUCGUACAGAAAGCAGGUUGUGAUUGAUGGAGAGACGUGCUUGUUAGACAUUCUGGACACUGCGGGACAGGAAGAGUACAGUGCCAUGCGUGACCAGUACAUGAGAACUGGGGAAGGAUUCCUCUGCGUGUUUGCCAUUAACAACAGUAAAUCGUUUGCUGAUAUUAACCUUUACAGAGAACAGAUAAAGAGAGUGAAAGAUUCAGAUGAUGUGCCAAUGGUGCUAGUUGGGAAUAAGUGUGAUUUGCCCACAAGAACUGUAGACACAAAACAGGCUCAAGAAUUAGCAAAAAGCUAUGGAAUCCCCUUCAUAGAGACAUCUGCUAAAACAAGACAGGGUGUGGAAGAUGCAUUUUACACACUGGUGAGAGAGAUCCGGCAGUACCGGAUGAAAAAGCUCAACAGCAAUGAAGAUGGGAAUCAAGGCUGUAUGGGAUUGUCUUGCAUUGUGAUGUGAUAAGAUGCCAAGAAUGCGUGGUUCAGAUGUAGCUGCUGGACAAGUCUCGAUGCUACUGUAUUGCGUCUCAUGCUGAUGCCCUGCAGUAUUUUGGUGCCAGUGACCAGAAUCUUGGUACCAGUUAAUUAGCACAAGGUCCUUUUCUGUGCUCCAUCUGAAGAGAACAUCUUUGGCGUCUACCUCCUUGCUCAGCUAACGGAGCAGUCGCAUCUCUUGAUGUACUGGGAUUCUUUUCUCACUGUGUUAUCUGGGUUUGUCCAAGAAGAAAACCAGUCACAAGAAAAAUGAACUAUAGAGACUAAAUGCUGUGAAAAAGAUGACACUUUACCUCUAGAGUAAAAGCUAGAAGUGAUGUUUGUCCCCUUUCUAUCGGAUUCUGAUUUGCAGUGCUGUCAGAGGAGCGGCACUAAUCAUUGCUUGGCAGGUAAUGUCAGAAAUGGUUUUGCCACCAUGAAUGCUCCUGUCACGUAUCAGAUUGGUAUCUGCUCUCUGUGCACCUGUACAGCAUAUUUGCAACAUCUCCUUUGUGCCAGGAGUACCACUUAACUGAUCCUUCAUUUUCUGUAAUAAAAAGGAAGUAUCUUUCCUAA